CGAUCAUCGAUCAUCGAUCAUCCCUGGAGUCAAUAUCUUCCUUCGAAUGGAGACCAAGACUAAAGUCAUCAUCGCCGGUGCAGGUAUCGCAGGCCCUGUGCUUGCAGUCUUCCUCAAGCUCAAAGGAUACGACCCAGUCGUUUAUGAGAGGGUGGACGCUCUUGCCGAUGUGGGCCUUGCUCUUUGCAUGCAACCAAAUGGAUUGCGCCUAGUCGGGCAACCUCUGGAGAGGUUCAAACAUGCUCCGUCUCGGCACGAAGAAAGAGUCCUGGUCGACGUGGACUACCCGAUACUCCAUGAUGGGCAUCCGACGGCCGCUCUUAACCGCACGAUCGUAGAGCUCGUGUCGCUCAAGCAGGACGACGACAGCGUCGAGGUCACGUUCGAAAACGGCGUCGUCGAUAAGGCGAGCUUCGUGGUCGGCUGCGACGGGCUGCAUAGCAACACGCGUGUAUGCUUAUUUGGCCACGAAUCCGCCAGCUACACAGGCCUCACACAAACUGGUGGUAUCUCCCCGACGCCAGAGAGCCACAAGGGGCACCGCACCAUGCUCAACGUAUACGCUGACGGUGCGCACUUGAUCGCGUUCCCGAUGAACGACAAGCAGACGUCCUGGGCGAUUACACGGCGAGAAGCCGAGGCUAGGGAGUCGUGGCGCUCCAUUGAUGACGAGCAGCAGAACCAUUUCAAGGAGGGCCCGUGGUCUCAGUGGCCUUUCGGCGCCGGGGAACUCGUUCGCACAGCCGAUCGGAUUGUUAAGUAUGGGCUCUACGACCGGCCAGAACUCCGGUCGUGGCACAAAGGUCGUGUCGUACUUCUCGGAGAUGCUGCGCAUCCCACGAGUCCGCACAACCCGUCCGCCGCGGCGCCUUCGGCGGAGCUUCUCAGCACGAUCUUCUCAGAGUACGAGCAGCUCCGGAUCGCGCGCACGUCUGAGCUCGUCAAGGGCGCGCGUAAACAGGGCGAGGUGCGCGUCGUUCAGGGCGAGGCGGCGUGCAAGGCGCGGGAUGAGUCGCUGAAGGCAGUGUAUGCGGAUGAGGACUUCUUGCAGAACUGGCUGCAGCUCUUCAGGCACCCUUUCAUUACGGGGGAGAGCGAGAUAUGAUGAAGGGAGGCAAUGAUACAUAGCCGCUGCUUGCGGCAUCUCGGGUACGUGCUCGCCGGUUGUGUUUCAUAAUACACUGGGUAUCCUUGCUUUCGACAAGCCCUACCCCGUACAGGUCUAGUUCACUCCCAUAUCUCAAGCUUGACGUACGCGUAGACCUCGGGGUUCGUGAGCAUUGCUUAGCGCAGUAUCAUCGACGUCGUCUAGGAGGCUCCAAACGAUAUGAGCUUUCUCAAGAAUAUGUGCCAAUGGGAAUCCAUCA